AUGGAAAUAAAACGCUAUUUGGAGUGUAUGUACACCUCGAAAGUCCUCAAAGUCAACACUCUCCUCAAGGUCCCCGAGCGCAGGCGCUGCCUCCACGACAAACGCCUGGGCUACCGGCGGGCGAGCAGCAUGUACAAGAAGGCGGUGGUGACUUUGGAGCAGCAGCAGCCAGCAGCAGCAAAGAUGUUGAGUUCUUCUCGCAAGCUUUCUCAAAACCCUAAUUUAGCGAAAAAGAAUAUUUCUUACGGAAGGAGAAACCCUGAAGAGCCGCGCAGGCUUCCCGAAAACCCUCACGCCUGGACCCUCCCCGUCCCCGGCCUCCUCGCAGGCGAGGACUUGCGGCUGCACCCCACCCACCGCGAAAACCCUCAAACCUCCCUCGAGGCUCCAGACCUCCGGCUGCCUUUCCGCCAUUCUGGGGUUUACGGCGGGACCUUCAAACCCCAGGAGCUGCAGCACCAGCCCCACAAACCCCUGGACUUGCGGCCCUGGCGGAACCGUCUCUCGCGCCCACAGCCCCCCAAUGCAAACUAG